AUGUUGCAAGCUGAAAUCGCAGCAGCAACUGGAACUGCAAGAUCGAAAUGGUGGGACGCCCACAGUGAUGCAACCCAAGCAACCGUCAAGAACCUGAAGCUUCAGUGGAAAUUCAGCGCAAAAUACCCCCAGUUCCCGAAUGGCGACAGCUAUGACCAAGUGUCUAUGUUACCGAGGACUCACGAGUACUGGAAUGAUUUAGCGACUCAGAACUGCAUUGCAGCACUUCAAAAGGGGCACCUGGUUGCAGUUGCGUGGGAGCCUGAUCUUGCUAAGGAGCAUCAUUCGGACGCAUCUUCAAGUGCAUACAAGACUGCCUCGUCAACUAGCUCUCGCAAUGGUGCAGAAAAUGAUAGAUCCAACUAUCGUCCAAGAUCUGACACCCCAGCUACUGUGGAGACUAUAGAGUCGCCCGCCAAAGGUUAUAGGGACCGUAUAAUGUCAAGACAUUAUCAACGGGUCAUGGAACGACUGAGGACUCUUAUCAAAAACGCCACCGGCUACAGCUUCCGCUCAAAACAAAACACCCACCUCCUAUAUGACAACCCCUCCGGCAAAGGAGCCUACAAAUGGAACUUCUCCGACAAAUUCCGUCGUUUCCCCCAGAACGCCCCUUCAAAAUGGACAACCGCACACUGCCGCCUAGUCGAAGAAGCCCUCCACAGAAACUGGCUCUCGGUCACCCCCCUCCCCGACACCAGGGACAGCGACUCACCCACGCCGUCCCUGAACAACCGCCCUCUCCGAGCCACAACCACAGCCCAGAGACCAACCCCGAGUCAACCCACCCCGCUGAUUUCCACGGCCCCAAAUCCCGACGACGGACAAACUGAAGACCCGAUCCCAGCCCUCCUCGCCGCGCUCAACCGCGAUUUAACAAGCGCCUACGAUCGAACCGUCACUAGCCUCACAACCACCCUCCUCGCUUCGGCAACUUCGCACCACACUUUCCUCAGCUCCUCUCUCGCCCGCAUCUCCACGGCGCUUGCAUCACAGCGCUCAACGGAUCAUUCUUCAGAAGUUGCGAGGCUAAAACAGCAAAUCGCCACCGCGCAGUCGGAUGACGCGAGGGAAGCCGAGCUCGCUCAAGCGCGCACGGAAGGCGAUGUAGCGGGCCAGCAGAGAGCGAUUCGGGAGAUCGGCGAUGUGCAGGACGGGUUAUUGAGAAGUCAUCUCCAGGAACUGAUGAGAGUGAGGAGGGAAGCGAGGAUGGAGGGGUAUGAAGCCGGGUUUCGGGCUGGAGUGGAGCAGGGACGGGAGAGGGAUGGGAUGGGUGAGAGCGGGCUGAUGGGGGAGGGAUUGGGGGAGUCGUAUGAGGAAGGAGAGGAGGGUAACCUGGAAUCGGAGGUUGGGAUUUUGGGAGGGUUGGGGGUUGGCAGGGGGGGAGGGGCUGUUGGCUCGGGGGAGAAUCGCGGUCCGGUUUCUGAGAGGGGAGGUGGGGGGUAUAUUCCCGAAUCCGAGUUCCAUCUUCAGCCGCACCCCCCGGGGGUCAUCGGGGGGAGACGGCCCGAUUCCUCGGAUCUCAAACACCCUUUUUAUGAUGAUGGAGAGCUUUACAACGCGACUCCUCCCCGAGCCACUAAGGCGCUGAAAAUUGAGCGCCCUGACAGCAGCAUGGGCAUACAGGGGGAGGUGCGAGGGAAUACGGAGAAUAGAUUGAUCCUACACAAAGGAUCAUCUGAGGGACUAGCUCAAUCUUUCAGUGGUGGCCUGUUUAUGAGUAGCGAUGAGGAGAUCGAUGAGGGGACGAGAGAUGUUUUUGGCAAGGAUGGAGAUAUUGGCUUCAGUUAUUUUUGAGGGUUGGAUAUGAGCGGGGUGUAGUAUUGUUUAGAUAUUGGUGAGG